AUGUUCCGUCCCAGCGCUAGAAGGCUUGCUGCUGCCGCGGCUAAAGCUGCUGCAGCUCCCACGUCCCACACCAUUAAUGUAUCAAGAGCUCAAGGUGUUUCCCGAGGUUUGACUGGAGCUAUCGGAAAUACUCCUCUCAUUCGUCUUAAUCGUCUCUCCGAGGAGACCGGCUGUGAGGUCCUUGGUAAGGCAGAGUUCAUGAACCCUGGUGGUUCAGUCAAGGAUCGUGCAGCUCUGUAUGUUGUCAAGGAUGCUGAGGAGCGCGGCCUUCUCAAGCCCGGCGGCACUGUCGUCGAGGGUACCGCCGGAAACACCGGUAUCGGCCUCGCCCACGUCUGCCGGUCCCGCGGCUACAAGCUCGUCAUUUACAUGCCCAACACCCAGUCCCAGGGCAAGAUUGAUCUUCUAAGACUCCUCGGCGCCGAGGUCUACCCUGUGCCUGCCGUUGCUUUCGACAACCCCGAGAAUUACAACCACCAAGCCCGUCGACAUGCUGAGCGACUCGACAAUGCUGUCUGGACGAACCAAUUCGACAACACGGCCAACCGCCGUGCGCAUAUCGAGACAACAGGGCCUGAGAUUUGGACACAAACGAAUGAAAAGGUCGAUGCUUUCACAUGCGCUACUGGUACUGGUGGAACCUUGGCUGGUACCACGAGAUACCUGAAGGAUAUUUCCAACGGCCGAGUGAAGUGCUUCCUCGCCGAUCCUCCUGGCAGUGUCCUUCACUCCUUCGUCUCUUCUGGGGGUAAGCUCAACGAGCGUUCGGGUUCCAGCAUCACCGAGGGUAUCGGACAGGGUCGCAUUACCGACAACCUCCAGCCUGAUAUUGAUCUGGUUGAUGGCUCGCUACAUAUUUCCGACGAGAAGAGCAUUGAGAUGGUCUAUCGCUGUUUGGAUGAGGAGGGUCUGUACUUGGGCGCCAGUUCCUCUUUGAACGUUGUUGCCGCCAAGGAGGUUGCUGAGAAGUUGGGCAAGGGUCACACCGUUGUCACUGUUCUCUGCGAUGGUGCCUACAGAUAUGCCGACAGGCUGUUCUCGCGCAAGUGGCUGACGGACAAGAAGCUUCUGGGCGCUAUUCCCAAACAUUUGGAGAAGUAUAUCGUUCUCCCGUAG